UCGAGGUAAAAAUCGGCGCCGAGGCCGUACUGAGGCGUACCGCGCGCAUAAGGCGGCUUACGUAUUGCCGCAGCGCGCCACUGCACUGCGCACGCGCAUUGCUGGCCACCACUGGCGCCGUAAAGAACUCAGCGCUCAAGGCACUGACCCAGAAGAAUAAAUGCGACGCUGCUGUAUGCUCGCGUUGGUAGCUCGCGCGGCGCACGGUCUCGCAGCGCCGAGCCGGAACAAAGUCGUCUUCGUCGGCGCCGGUAGCUUCGGCUCGGCAAUGGCAUUGGUGGCAGCGAGAGCCCAGCCCGACGCCUCGAUCAAGAUCUGGGCGCGGCGCGACGCCGUCGUCGACGAGAUCAACGAUCAGCGCCGGAACGGCCGCUACCUGCCGGAGGACGCGGACCCGUUCCCGUCGAACGUCGAGGCGACGACGGACUUGCGAGGAGCCGUCUCGGAUGCGGACGUGGUAGUGCUGGCCGUGCCCGGCGAGUUUCUGGGGACGACGCUGGAGCAGAUCAACUUGGACGGAAAGGUCGCGAUCUCGCUCGUCAAGUCCGCACGCCAGAUAAAAGGAGACGUCGCGACGGUCUGCGAAGACGUCGAGGCGAAGUUCAAGACGUGCCGCGCGUGUGCGCUGUCCGGCCCGAACAUUUAUGGGUCAUUAGCUCGCGGCGAGUUCGCGGAAGCCACCGUCGGGGCGCUCGACGAAACGACGGCCGCCGAAGCCGCGCGCGUCUUCGCCAGCCCCGCGUUCCGCGUCGAUACGGUAGACGACCGGGCGGGCGUCGAGCUCUGUGGGGUCCUCAAGAACGUCGUCGCUUUGGGCUCUGGAUUCGCCGAUGCCGUUGCGGGCCCGAACGCGCGCGCCGCCCUCAUAAGAGCAGGCCUCGUCGAGAUCCACGCCUUAGCGUCGAGAUUGCGCGACGCCGAGCGGGCGACGUUCUUCGAGUCGCCGUGCGGCCUCGGCGAUUUAGUAUUGACGACGUCGUCUGGCCGCGGGCGCGUCCUGGCCAAGGCUUUCGCGAACGAUUCUGUGGAGGAGCCGGCCGAGGCGAAGUGGGCGCGCCUGGAAAAGGAGUUGUUUGACGGCAUGAAGCUGCCGGACUGGCACGCCGCCCAACUAGUCGGUGACGUGCUCGACGAGCGCGGCUGGCGCGGCGCCUUCCCGCUGCUGGCGUCGAUCAACGACGUGGCCUGGCGCGGGGCGCAGCCGGCGGCCGUCGUCGACGCGCUCCGCCCGCAGCCCGCGUUCGCGCGCUGAAGAAUUCGUAUCCUCCGACCCCCCCCCCGUUCUCAUCCGAUCGCCCUCCUCCCCCC